AUGGCAUAUACAUUUCAUAUUUUGUCUCAAUUUAUGCAACAACCUCGUCAAAAUCAUUGGGAAGCCGCCCUUCGUACGGUUCGUUACUUGAAAGGUUGGUGUAACUCGGUUUGGGCUAGCUAUCCCCUAACGCGACGAUCCAUUUCUGGCUGGUUGGUGUUUCUUGGUGGUUCUUCUAUUUCUUGGAAGACUAAGAAGCAACAUACAGUCUCUAAGUCUUCUACCGAGGCUGAGUAUCGUUCGAUGUCUAAUAUCACAAAUGAGUUGAAAUGGUCAAAGGGGCUACUUCACAGUUUAGGUGUUUUGCAUCCUCGUGCGAUGAGUUUAUUUUGUGACAGUCAAUCAGCAUUAUAUAUUGCAUAA